GCGGCGGGGACCGGCGUGAGGAAGCCCUGAGCCCUCGGCGGGCUGCGAGCGACUCCCCGGCGAUGCCUCACAACUCCAUCAGAUCCGGCCACGGAGGGCUGAAUCAGCUAGGAGGGGCCUUUGUGAAUGGCAGACCCCUGCCUGAAGUGGUGCGUCAGCGCAUCGUGGACCUGGCCCACCAGGGCGUGAGGCCCUGCGACAUCUCCCGCCAGCUCCGAGUCAGCCAUGGCUGUGUCAGCAAGAUCCUUGGCAGUAGGUACUACGAGACUGGCAGCAUCCGGCCUGGAGUGAUAGGGGGCUCCAAGCCCAAGGUGGCCACCCCCAAGGUGGUGGAGAAGAUUGGAGACUACAAGCGUCAGAACCCUACCAUGUUUGCCUGGGAGAUCCGAGACCGGCUCCUGGCUGAGGGGGUCUGCGACAAUGACACUGUGCCCAGUGUCAGCUCCAUCAAUAGGAUCAUCCGGACCAAAGUGCAGCAACCAUUCAACCUCCCCAUGGACAGCUGCGUGGCCACCAAGUCCCUGAGCCCGGGACACACGCUGAUCCCCAGCUCAGCUGUAACGCCCCCAGAGUCACCCCAGUCAGACUCUCUGGGCUCCACCUACUCCAUCAACGGGCUCCUGGGGAUUGCUCAGCCUGGCAGCGACAGCAAGAGGAAAAUGGACGACAGUGACCAGGACAGCUGCCGGCUGAGCAUCGACUCCCAGAGCAGCAGCAGCGGGCCCCGCAAGCACCUUCGCACGGACGCCUUCAGCCAGCACCACCUUGAGCCGCUCGAGUGCCCAUUCGAGCGGCAGCACUACCCGGAGGCCUAUGCCUCCCCCAGCCACACCAAAGGCGAGCAGGGCCUCUACCCGCUGCCCUUGCUCAACAGCGCCCUGGACGACGGCAAGGCCACCCUGACCCCUUCCAAUACACCCUUGGGGCGCAACCUCUCGACUCAUCAGACCUACCCAGUGGUGGCAGAUCCUCAUUCACCCUUCGCCAUAAAGCAGGAAACCCCCGAGGUGUCCAGUUCUAGCUCCACCCCUUCCUCUUUAUCUAGCUCCGCCUUUUUGGAUCUGCAGCAAGUCGGCUCCGGGGUCCCAGCCGGUGCCUCGGUCCCGCCCUUCAAUGCCUUUCCCCAUGCUGCCUCCGUGUACGGGCAGUUCACGGGCCAGGCCCUCCUCUCAGGGAGAGAGAUGGUGGGGCCCACGCUGCCCGGAUACCCACCCCACAUCCCCACCAGCGGACAGGGCAGCUAUGCCUCUUCUGCCAUCGCAGGCAUGGUGGCAGGAAGUGAAUACUCUGGCAAUGCCUACGGCCACACCCCCUACUCCUCCUACGGCGAGGCCUGGCGCUUCCCCAACUCCAGCUUGCUGAGUUCCCCAUAUUAUUACAGUUCCACAUCAAGGCCAAGCGCACCGCCCACCACUGCCACGGCCUUUGACCACCUGUAGUUGCCAUGGGGACAGUGGGAGCAACUGAGCAACAGGAGGACUUGGCCUGGGACAGGCCCCAGAGAGUCACACAAAGGAAUCUUUAUUUAUUACAUGAAAAAUAACCACAAGUCCAGCAUUGCGGCUCACUCCCUGUGUGGUUGAUUUAAUGAACCAUGAAAGACAGGAUGACUUUGGAGAAGGCCAAACUGUCCUCUAAAGACUCCGCAACGAGGGGCAGGAGUUCCAGGGAGAGAGCACUGCCCCAUUCCAAAAGAGACAGAAUUGGAGGAGAAAUGUGGAGAGAGGAGGGAACCGCCGAGGAGCUUGAGAGGGACGGCUCGCGGCCCACGAGGGGCUUAGGGCCGCAAAGGCGACUGUGGCUCCAUCAACGCGCUCUGGCGGUCCUGGGCUGUAAGCACUUCUGUCCAGCCCGCACACCACAGCCGGGCGCGGAGGCUGUCCCCCGACAGCCCCGCUGACCGUCACCUGCAGCCUGCCCCACAGCCGAGGCUCUGGCCGUCCACCUCCUCCACUCGGCUUGCUUGGCUCUUUCCGCGCCUCCCUCCCGGCCACGGGCUGAGGGCCGGGUGGAGUCAGCCGGAAGCUCCACCUGGCGGUCAAGGGCCUGCCUUUCGCCUGCUGCUGAGAAUGUGUGAGCACGCCCCAGGUUCUCCUCCGGUGGAUCGUUCCUUGCCAGCCAGUCGGCCUAUUACAGCUUGAGACAGACGUUCCCCAGGGCCCCGGCUCCUGGGGAGUGAGCUGCAGCCCUUCCCCGGGGGCAGAAUGAGGCAGAAUUGCCAGGGACGCUUCCCUCUCCCCACAGCCCCUGCCAAGCCAGGUAUGCAGCCUACAGCCCAAGCCCACAGCAACGGAAAAGACCCUGAGGCGACCCCCUGAAGCCAGCAAUGGAGGUUCCCCCUCUGGCCCCCUCGCAGCCCUUGCCCCAGAAGCCUGACUGUAAAUACUGUAAAUGAAGCUCUGUUUGGGUCAAGCUUCCCUCUGUCCACCCCUAGACUUUGGCCUCUCAGUGAAUUGUCUCCCUGCCAUGUUGGGCUUUCUCUCCUUGAUGCUUCUUUCUUUUUUUUUAAAGACAACCCACCAUUACCACCUAACUCAAUAAACCAUUACUCUUGGUCUCAGGCUUUGGGGUCAGCUGGGGAAGGAAGCACCCUGGGUCUGGGCUUUCUCCAGAGAACCCCAGAGCCCUGUGGACAAUGAACUCAUGUUGGGUGGGGGGUGGGGGGUUGAAAGACCGUCUGAUGCCCAGGAGCCCUGACUUGGCAUUCUCCCUCUCCCUCUGUUAAUAGAUGUUUAACUCCGGGCAGCCACUUAUCCUAAGCUUUGAUUUCCACUGUGAGUGAAUGUGAGAUUAAAAUGAGCACAUGGCA